AUGACUACCACCCAGCAACAACCACGCGCCAUGGCUACUGGCCACCGCCACCACCCCUACGCCGCCGCGUCUUCUUCCUCCUCGCGCGCAGUUCAGCCCCAGGCAGACCGCAAAUACACCUCCGCCCACGCCAGCUCCAGCCGCCGCUCACCCGAGCACCACGUCAGCCAGGUCAUGCCUCCCUCCCCUCCUCGCUCGCGUCGUGAUCACUCAGAGACCCCUCCUUCGGGUCUUGGCGCAGCCUUUGGCGGUCGAGACGGCGGCAAGUGGUGGGACGAAGAGCUGCCUCAACCUCCUGCAUCCCUCUCCUCCAUCCUCGACUCCUUCCGCCGCUCUGGCGAAGGCGACCGGGACCUCCUCCUCGCUAUCCUCGGCGCCAAGAAGGCCGAGGAAGAACGUCUCACCUCCCUCAUCCAAACCCGUCUCACCAUCCUCCAGGCUCGGCUCAGCGUACACGCCGCUGCCGACGCCGCUCCCACCCAUGCCGAAACCAUCUACUCCCCUCGCGGCUCUACCACGGCUCUCAUGCCCGAGCGGACACCCAGCCUCACCUCUCGCGCAUCUGCUUCAUCCUCCGCCGGCCCCGUCUCACCUAUCGAUCAGCCCCAAGCCUACAUGUCGUAUGACCCUCGCGAGUCGGUCGCCCGAUCCCAGGCUUUCCACCUUCCCCCUCCCUCGGGCCUCUGGCGCAAGGUAUCUUCGGGCCCCGAGACGCUUCCCUCCAUCCGGAUGCCCGCUGGCGGCGUCAAGCGGUCAGAGUCGGAGUUUGGGUCGCCCAGGCAUGACCUGAACGGGCUGGACAUGCUACUGGAUGCGGGCAGGCGGGUGGAGACAAGGUUGGAGUAG